GCUCGCUCACCGCGUAGGUCGCCUUUGAGGGGACUGUCGCAGAGGCUUGUCAUUCUGACCCCAGGAUCCCUCAGAACGUCGGGUAGAAAUGUCUAAUGCAAAAGAAAGAAAAUAUGCUAAGAAAAUGAGAAACCAGCCCACUAAUGUGACUUUAUCCUCUGGCUUUGUGGCUGAUAGAGGUGUAAAGCUCCAUAAUGGAGGAGGAAAACCUUUCCAAGCUCAACAGCAAGAGCUUCAUUCUGGAACUUCACAACAGCGGCAAACCAAGAUGACCCCUCAUUCACUGCCUGAGCCUAGUGUGAAUGAGCAGUCUUCCUCCAAAAUCAUGUUUAAAAAAAAGGGAGGCUGGAAAGCAGGUCUUGAUGGCACUUCCCAAGAGAUCCCCAAGUAUAUAACCGCUUCUACUUUUGCUCAAGCACGAGCUGCUGAAAUCAGUGCCAUGUUAAAAGCUGUGACCCAGAAGUCAUCUAAUUCGCUGGUUUUCCAGACUCUGCCACGACACAUGAGACGAAGAGCCAUGAGCCACAACGUCAAACGCCUCCCUAGACGGUUACAGGAGAUGGCCCAGAAAGAGGCAGAGAAAGCUGUACAUCAGAAAAAAGAACAUUCCAAAAAUAAAUGCCAUAAGGCUCGAAGAUGUCAUAUAAACCGAAUACAAGAAUUUAACCGUAGACAAAAGAAGAACAUAUGGUUGGAAACUCACAUCUGGCAUGCCAAACGGUUUCACAUGGUCAAGAAGUGGGGCUACUGCCUUGGAGAGAGGCCGACAGUCAAGAGCCACAGAGCCUGCUAUCGAGCCAUGACAAACCUUUGUCUCCUCCAGGAUUUAUCCUACUAUUGUUGUUUGGAGCUGAAGGGCAAAGAGGAAGAAAUACUAAAGGCAGUUUCUCAAAUGUGUAACUUAGACACAGGAUUGACAUUUGCAGCAGUUCACUGCUUGUCUGGAAAGYGCCAAGGGAGCCUCAUGCUUUAUCGAGCAAAUAAGUAUCCCAGAGAAAUGCUUGGACCUGUUACAUUUAUUUGGAAGUCUGAGAGGACCCCUGGAGACAGUUCUGAAAGCAGGCAGUUGUGGAUCUGGCUUCAUCCAACUCUUAAGCAGGAUAUCUUAGAGGAAAUAAAAACAGUAUGCCAGUGCAUGGAACCCAUCAAAUCAAAUAUCUGUAYUCCUAACCCACUUCUGAAACCAUCCCAAGAAGAAAGUCAAAUUGAACUGGCUGAUGAGAAAAUUGGCAAGAAGAGAAAAAGGAAAGAUGAUAUAGAAAAUGCUAAAUCAGUUAAAAAAGUUAUUGGUGAUGGAACUAGAGAUCCAUGUGAGCCAUAUUCUUGGAUCUCUCCAACCACAGGUAUUGUGAUCAGUGAUUUGACCAUGGAGAUGAACAGAUUCCGGCUGAUUGGUCCCCUUUCUCACUGUAUCCUAACUGAGGCCCUGAAAGUUGCUUCUGUGCACAUUGGGGAAGCAGAUACAGGGGAGACGCCUCACCUUUGGUGGAGUGAUACGUGUAAAAACCCUGAUAAUGUUUCCCUUCAUCACAGACAAGAAGCUGUUUUUGAAUUGUUGGGAGGAAUAACAUCACCGGCAGAARUUCCGGCAGGUACUAUUCUGGGAUUGACAGUUGGGGAUCCACGAAUAAAUUUGCCUCCAAAGCGAUCYAGAGCUUUGUCCAAUCCAGAAAAAUGCCAAGAUAAUGAGAAAGUUAGACAGCUGCUUCUGGAGGGUGUGCCUGUGGAGUGUACGCAUAGCUUUAUCUGGAACCAAGAUAUCUGUAAGAGUGUCACAGAGAAUAAAAUCUCGGAUCAGGAUUUGAACCGGAUGAGAAGUGAAUUGCUGGUGCCUGGGUCACAGCUUGUUUUAGGUCCCCAUGAAUCCAAGAUACCUAUCCUUUUGAUUCAGCAGCCAGGAAAAGUGACUGGUGAAGAGCGACUGGGCUGGGGAAGUGGCUGGGAUGUCCUACUCCCAAAGGGCUGGGGCAUGGCUUUCUGGAUUCCAUUCAUCUACCGAGGUGCAAGAGUUGGAGGGUUAAAAGAGGCGCUGAUGCAUUCUCAGUAUAAAAGGUUACCUCACAUCCCGGGUGACUUCCCAGACUGUCCUGCUGGGGCUCUGUUUGCUGAAGAGCAAGCCAAGAAUCUUCUGGAAAAGUACAAAAGACGCCCUCCUGCCAAACGACCUAACUAUGUUAAACUUGGCACACUGGCACCUUUCUGCUGUCCCUGGGAGCAGUUAACUCAGGACUGGGAGUCCAGAGUCCAUGCCCAAGAUGUGUCUUCUGUUGCUUCGUCUCCAUGUGGUGAGGAGGGUGACCUAAAAAGACAUUGGAUGCCUCAUGCUCCUGAAAAGUCUCAUCAGUCUGAAGUGGGCACAUCUGUAAAUGACCGUGGGGACCUAGAAGUCAUGGACACAGAGUGUCAGGACCAGGCAGAAACUGGGACGAUAAUAGACCAGGGUGCUGGUGAGAACCAUGUUGCUGCCACCAGUAGUCAACUCUGUGUUCUCAGGAAUAGGAAAUUACUGAAGCAAUUGUCAGCCUGGUGUGGGCCCAGUUCUGCAAACAAUCGGGUGGUCCGGUGGGCUGCCAGCAGAGGCCAGCAAGAAUUGACCACAGAGGCCCGCCUGUCCAUCUUGGAUCACUUUCCCAGGGCCCUGGUAUGGGUCAGCCUGUCCCUGCUCAGGAAGGGCAGCCCUGAGCCACUCACCAUGAUCUGUGUCCCAACUGAGGAGGACUUCCUCCAACUCAGCCAGGAUCAGCACUACUGUGGGCCCCAGGAAGCCAGACACAGUGAUCCAUUCAAGAGCAUGAUCCUGAAACAGAAAGAGAAGAAGAAAAUGGAGAGGAGGCAGAACCGAGAGUUUGCUGCUUCCGAGGGCCUGGCAGUGGAGACCCCUGCUGCUGGGCAGGGAGCUCUGACUCUGGGGCUGUGGCCAGGCCCCCUCCCAGGUAUGAUCGCCCACUGUUCCAGAAUCCUCCUAGGCUUUGUCACCCAGGGAGACUUUUCCAUGGCCAUUGGCUGUGGAGAAGCUCUGGGGUUCGUGAGUCUGACAGGAUUGCUGGACAUGCUGCCCAGGCAGCCAGCAGCUGGAAGGGGCCUGGUGCUGCUGAGGCCUCCCGCCUCCCUGCAGUACCGAUUUGCCAGGAUUGCCAUUGAGGUAUGAGUGCCGGUUCACCGCCUAGCAGGGCAUAGGUGAUUUUAUUUACAAAGUCCCACAGUUGGAAUCUUGCUUUCCUUGUCUUCUGUUUCAAAAUAUCAUGUGAAAUUCCUUGAAAAGAAGAAUUAAGAAUAUAUAUAUUAUG